UAAAGGGAGAUAGCGGACCUUCGGCUGUGGUUAAAAACUUUUAUACUGUCAUGAUACAGCCAUGGCUUUUGCGUAAGCAUAAAGUAUGGUCUAGGAUCCCUGCAAGUGGAUAAGGUCCGUGAGGGAAGGAAAAAAAAUACUUUUGGGGAGGGGAAAGCCAACGGUAGACUGAAGUAACUUAAAGCAAGAUCCGAAGUUGAGAUAUAUCCAGCAGUAACGGUGGCGACGCGAGCAGCCUUUCAAAGAUGAGCUUGCUGUCUGCUAUAGACACCAGUGCUUCGGUGUACCAACCCGCGCAGCUGUUAAACUGGGUUUAUCUUUCUUUACAAGACACCCACCAGACCACUGCCUUUGACGCCUUCAGACCAGAGCCUAAUUCUUCCCAUCCGGAUCUGAACUGCACCAAGCCUCCGGCAGCUGAGCUCACCUCCGCUCUUAAUUCCAACUAUCUCAACAACUUCUUUCAGCUCCAAAGAAAUGAGGUGCUGAGCAACAGUCUGUACAAGAACUCCUCCCCGUACGGCUCCCUCAACAACAUUGUGGACGGGCUGAGCUUGCUGACGGAGCACUUCUCAGACCUCUCGCUCUCCUCAGAGCCACGCAAGUCCAGCAAGAGGCCCCCGCCCAACUACCUGUGCCACCUGUGUUUCAACAAGGGACACUAUAUCAAAGACUGCCCCCAGGCCCGGCCAAAAGGUGAAGGACUGACCCCAUACCAAGGGAAGAAGAGGUGUUUUGGAGAGUACAAGUGUCCCAAAUGCAAGAGGAAGUGGAUGAGUGGGAACUCCUGGGCCAACAUGGGCCAAGAAUGUAUCAAAUGCCAUAUCAAUGUCUACCCCCACAAGCAGCGGCCUCUGGAGAAGCCGGACGGCCUUGAUGUCUCAGACCAGAGCAAGGAGCACCCCCAGCAUCUGUGUGAGAAGUGCAAGGUCCUGGGCUACUACUGCCGGCGCGUGCAGUAACCCCGGGCCCCGGCAUCGGCCCAGCACCAUGCCGAAACCACCCCCUGCCUUUUCUCCGUCCGCCAAGUGCUCUUCACCAAGCAAGAACCUGCCAAACUUUUUGUGUAAAUAUUCUUAAUGCUAACAGGGAUAACUGAUGCCUUGUAACAUGUUUACCUGUGUAUGUGUCUAACCAAAAGUGUCUUUUGAUGAUAGCAGUGUCUCCACAGUAUUGCUGUCCUUGUCAAUUGUAAUGAAUUACCCCGCAGCAGUGUGUGUUGGCUGUUUGUUUACAGAGCUCUUUCCUAGUUGUUGCCUGCCGAGUGAAACGCAUAGUUGUGUUGAGCGUUAUAAUGUUUGUUUUUGACAAUUUAAUGAGGCCUACUUGCCUUGCGCUGUUCAUCGGGUUAUCAGCACAUUGAAUUAACUGUGAAUUAACUGUGGAAGAAUGGGGACUUCCUCCCCAGCUUGUAUUUUGGUGAUGUAUUUAUUAAUGGAGA